AAACCUAACUAUCAAGAAGCUUCUAACGAAUAUUUACAACUUGCAAGAGAUUCUUUUCACGAUGAAAGUAUGCUUUUCAGCGCCUUCUGCUAUUUGGCUUCAGCUCGUUGCGAAGAUGCUUUAAAGAAUUAUAGCAAGAAAGCUUUGUUAACUCUGACUUCUGCUCGCACUUAUAUUUUAAACGCGCUUGACCCGCUUUCUUCAAAAAUGAAUUUUUUUGCAAGUAUUAAUGAAGCUGUUAAUGUUUAUAAUUAUGCUAUCGAGCUUUAUGAAAAAGUAAAUUGUCGGGUGUUUGCUGCUUCUCUAUUGGUUGAACUGGCCGUUCAUCUGCAGCGUUUGGGACAAUACCAAGAGUCAAUUUUCUAUUAUAAAAAAUACUUGCGCUCCACCCACCGAUCAUCUGUUUUGAGUUUGGCUGUUUUGAAGGAAAUUCUUUAUUGUUACUUUAAAAAUGGGGAUUAUGAAAAGGCUUUAGUACAUUUAGACCACGUGACUGACUGUCAAAGGAUACCAAUCAACUCUUGCGAAAGCAAAGCACCUGAAGUAAAGAAAGAAGAAGAAUUCGCUGAAGUUUUCAAUUUCAAUAAUAAUAAGUCUGAUAUAGUGGAUGCAGAAAUCACCCGCUUAUUACUAACUCUCCUACUGAUUCAUACUGAAGAACUUGUCUCUCCCCAAUAUCACAACUAUUGUAAAAAGUAUAGUUAUGAAGAAUCUGAUUCACCUAUUCAAGAUAUUGAGGAGCAUUUGUUUUACUUGCUGCAGUCUUUUGUGUUUGGAAUAACCAGUAAAGACUCGAAAAGUUGCCUGCAGUUAACGGAACUUUUAAGGCUUGUAGACAUCCUGCUCCCUACGAGUCCUCACACCUGCUUCGCUCUCUACCUCACUUCCACCGCAAUUUACACUUCCUCAAAGGCUUCUCAUUAUUACAUUAGAAAUGAAAAGCAAUUCUCAAUCUUAAAAAUGCAUUGCUUUACCCACACCUCCUUGAAGGUGUUAAAGCCCCAUAGGGGGCUAUUAGGCCUAUACUUAGACCUCAUCACCGAUAAGCGACUAACAUGGCGGCAACACGUAGAAUUUGUUGCGGCCAAGGUCAAAGCUGCAACCCAUGAGCUCUAUCCGGCGCUAAACCAUCAACCAUUGAGGACGCCUCAAAACAAGCUCCUGCGCCUAAUGGCAGGAGUACCUUAUUUCAUCCGCAAUGACACGGUGCACGACGGCCUGAAGUCUUUCUCCAACACGCAACCUUGUGUUAGUAGGCACCCAAACCACCAAUGGGCUCAAGAACAGGAGAAACCUAAAAAGGCGCACGCGUUCGACUAUCCGCAAGGCGCUUUAAACGCACACUCAUGA